CAGACCCGGACCCAGAACCGGACCCGCGGCUCAGACCGGGAUGCGCGUGCUCGUGGCGCUGCUCAUGCUCGCGCUCUGCGUGUGCGCGCGUCCAGACUCUGACAAACUGCACGCGCUGCUCCGGAGCGCGCAGCUCGGCCCCGACAAACAGCAGCACGACCUGUCGCUCCUGUCGUCUCUGCUCCUGUCAGAGCUCCUGUCGCUGGAGAACGACUCGGUGCAGGACCCGGACACUGAGGGCGCGCACGUGGACUCUGAGGGCAUGCGCACAGACCCGGCGGGCGUGCACGUGCAGAGAGACGCGCUCCUAUUGGCUCCCAGAGAAAGGAAGGCGGGCUGUAAGAACUUCUUCUGGAAGACCUUCACGUCCUGCUGA